UAGUCUCUAUGGUUAGGAGAACCCUGGAGUUACUGGCAGUUAGGAAAGCAGCAACAGCUCCAGACAGGCUUUAAUAUGCCUUCUCCUCCUGCAGACCUGGAAAAGUGCAUUUAUUGGAAGAAGGAGACUAGGAGCAUCAGGUUCUCCUCCUCUCAGCACAUACCCUGGCUGUGGGCAGCAUCUGCCUUCUCUUCCUCAAACUUUAAAAGAUGUGUCAUGGACAGCAAAUCCCUCAGCAGCCAGCAGAAUGUGGAAAUGGAGGCCUCCAAGCGUAGCAUAUACCCACACCCCAAGUUCUGGUCCCGGCUUUGGAGAGUGGUUUUCCCUGCUUCUUGGAGCUCAGAGGAGAACAACAGUGAUAGCCAAACUGGCCCUCUUCUGUGCAAGGCCUCGAGUAACAACAGGGAAAUGGAUGCAGACUCUUACAGGAGCAACCAUCCAGCCUUUCUGCACAAAGAUCGGCGCUCCCUAUCAGCAGCUGCUCUACUUGAUGGGAAGAAAAAGCCCGUAGAGGAGGAAUAUAGCUGUGAGUUCGGGUCACUGACAUAUCUGAUACUGUGCUCAUUGGGCGGUGUUUUGAGUUGUGGCCUGACCCACACAGCUGUAGUGCCACUGGAUGUGGUAAAGUGCCGUAUGCAGGUGGAACCUCAGCGCUACCGGGGGCUUGUACAAGGCCUUACUCUCACCGUACAAGAGGAAGGGGUACGUGGUCUGGUGAAGGGAUGGGCACCAACAGCCAUAGGCUACUCUAUGCAAGGCCUUGGCAAGUUUGGCCUCUAUGAGUACUUCAAGAUACAUUAUUCUGAAUUGUUGGGUCCUGAAUAUGCUUACUUGUGGCGGACCAGCCUUUACCUUGCUGCUUCAGCCAGUGCUGAGUUCUUUGCUGACAUGGCUUUGUCCCCAAUGGAAGCAGUCAAGGUACGAAUUCAGACCCAGCAAGGCUAUGCUAAUACACUGAGGGAGGCAGCUCCCAAGAUGUACAUUGAAGAGGGGCUAUGGGCUUUCUACAAAGGAGUGACUCCACUAUGGAUGCGCCAGAUCCCUUACACCAUGAUGAAGUUUGCCUGCUUUGAACGAACUGUAGAGGCUCUCUAUGCAUAUGUUGUACCCAAGCCACGUAAUGAGUGCACCAAGUUGGAGCAACUUGGAGUCACAUUUGUUGGUGGCUAUAUUGCCGGCAUCUUUUGUGCUAUAGUCUCACACCCAGCUGACUCCGUGGUGUCUGUGCUCAACAAAGAAAAGGGUAGCACUGCCAUAGAGGUCCUAAAAAAACUGGGCAUUUAUGGUAUGUGGAAAGGCCUCACCACCCGCAUCAUUAUGAUUGGUACUCUCACCGCCUUACAGUGGUUCAUCUAUGACUCAGUUAAGGUUUAUCUCAGGAUGCCUCGGCCCCCACCACCAGAGAUGCCUGAAUCUUUGAAGAAGAAAAACCGUGUUAAUUAAUAGACCCACAUUAUGAGAUUUAACACUCCUUUGUUUUAAGGACUUCCUGCUUCUAUAAGAAUUUCUAGUCCACCUCUCAUGUGGUUAUCAGUCGAAAAUGGACAUUCAUUACAACCUGGCUCUAAUCCAAAACUAAGCUACACAGUGCUCCUACAAUCUUUUGUUCGGUGUGCUAAUAAACAUAGCUACUAAAUGCAACAUCAAUGCAUAUAAUUUAGCAGAAUAACAUUUUGCAAUUUUAUUUUGCUAUAAAUUGUGCUCAAAAUGUGAGGCGCAAGAUGUGGUUUAUAGUUUUUACAGCAUGUUAAAUAUUUGAAGGUUAACCAGUUAAUAGCAACUGCUAGUUUAGUUGCUGGUUGUAAUGAUGUUCUGAUGCUUUGAAGAUUAUUGUCAGUUAACCAAGUUGUUGGUACUCAGUCUUGGAUGGUGUCCUGAUUCUGAUAUAGUAAAUUGCACAAUCCCAUUGCAUGAGCUAAAUCUAAUUUUAUAUAGGAAGUAACUAUCAAUCCAUAUGCUCCAUGAAGUAGAACUCUUAAGGUCAAGUGUAUAUUGGAGUAUAUUGGUAGCAAUCCACAGAGCCCAUUUAUAUACUAUCAAGGGAUUGUGUGCUUGUAGCAGGACAGUUUUCUUUUAUUUUUGCAGGCUCCUGUCUUCACUGCCGGCCUCACUGAAAAUGCAGUAUUGAAAUUAGUUUCAAAAAUGGCAGACUCACUGUGCAUGCAAGUGUGGCACAUGGACAUUUUAGGAUAUGUUUAUUGGUCAACCUUCAUCUCUUUAUAAAGAUGUAGUAGCCCCUAAUUUGGGGAAGGUCUGUCUUUUAUUUAAUAAGCAUCUUACAAAUUUUUAUCAUCAUACUCAUCAUAUUGAUAAAGGUACAUAGUAAGAAGGGAACCCUGUGUCUGGAAUUUAGCUCAGCAUCUGAAUUUGUUUGUUUCUUUGACAUAUAUGUUGUGCCUUCCCUGACGUGUAUAGUUUGUUUUCCUACAAUUGCAUUUAGAUGUCUAUUGUUACCAUAGCAAAUAAAGUUAUUGUGGUUACUGUAGAAA